GCGGGUGAUGGCGACCGGCUGGUUCCUCUGAGUAGUGCGAGAGGUGAGGAGAGGAGGAGCGCUUGAGGCGAGGGCCGCACACUUUAUUUUUUUAUUUUUUAUUUUUAUUUUUCCUUUCCAACCGGCCCGGUAAAUAACGGAGAGAGGACUUCCCCGUCCAGCUGUCAGACCGGGACCUGAGGUCAAACUAACUCCGGUUCACCGGACAGACAGAACGUUAACGGGACCAGAACUCUGCCUGCCUUUUCCUCUGCCGUGAUUCAGCCCAAUCCGAGAUCAGACCACACCGAUCGGCCGACGCUAAACUUUCCGUUUCUCUCUCCCGGGACUAAGUCCUCUCUCGUCGACACUUAAUCUCCCUGUAUUAACGACACUUUUAAUCGUUUGGGAACUUUUACUUUCAGGUCGCGAGGAGUUGUAAUUCGCCUAAAGGACACAGCGCCCCCACCCAACUUCUGAAACACUUUUCUCCGUGGUUCUUAUUUCUGUCUGGUGCGGUAACGGGGCAUGACGAGGAUUAUCUAACUGGACGUCGCUGAGCCACUAGACCCACCAUUUGUUAUCCAGUAAAGGGGUAAGGGGUCAGAGGUGAGGAUGGCAGGAGCCUCAGUGAAGGUGGCAGUACGCGUGCGACCUUUCAACUCCCGGGAGACCAGCCGAGAUGCCAAGUGUGUUAUACAGAUGCAGGGCAACUCCACCUGCAUCUCCAACCCCAAACAGCCCAAGAAUGAAGGCAAGAGUUUCACCUUCGACUACUCUUACUGGUCACACACUACGGCGGAGGAUGAGAGAUUUGCCUCCCAGAGACAAGUCUAUAAGGACAUCGGAGAGGAAAUGCUGCUUCAUGCUUUUGAAGGAUACAAUGUCUGUAUCUUCGCCUACGGACAGACCGGAGCAGGGAAGAGUUACACCAUGAUGGGAAGACAGGAAGAGGGACAGGAGGGGAUCAUUCCCCAGCUGUGUGAGGAUUUGUUUAAGAGGACAGUAGGAAACACAGAUCCUGAUCUCUCCUUCUCAGUGGAGGUGUCCUACAUGGAGAUCUACUGUGAGAGGGUGCGUGACCUGUUGAACCCUAAGUCGAAGGGUACACUCCGUGUUAGGGAGCACCCUAUAAUGGGACCGUACGUUGAAGAUCUGUCUAAACUGGCUGUGACCGGAUACAAUGACAUUCAGGACCUAAUGGACUGUGGAAACAAAGCUAGGACGGUGGCGGCAACAAAUAUGAAUGAGACGUCUAGUCGUUCCCACGCCGUCUUCACCAUCGUGUUCACACAGAAACGAAGAGACCAACUCACCAGCCUGGACACGGAGAAGGUCAGUAAGGUCAGUCUGGUGGACCUAGCUGGUAGUGAGAGAGCUGACUCGUCGGGGGCAAAGGGUUUGAGGUUGAAGGAGGGAGCUAAUAUCAACAAGUCUCUCACCACCCUGGGGAAGGUCAUCUCUGCUCUGGCUGAAAUGCAGAACAGUAAGAAGAGGAAGUCCGACUUCAUCCCCUACAGAGACUCGGUCCUCACCUGGCUCCUGAAAGAGAACCUGGGUGGUAACUCCAGGACAGCGAUGAUAGCAGCUCUCAGUCCAGCAGAUAUUAACUAUGAAGAAACACUCAGUACACUCAGGUAUGCGGACCGUGCCAAGCAGAUCAGGUGUAAUGCUAUAAUCAAUGAGGAUCCCAACGCCAGACUGAUCAGAGAACUGAAAGAAGAAGUCAACAGACUGAGAGACCUGCUGUUCUCACAGGGGCUGUCUGAACUACUGGCUAUAACAGGUGGAGAGGUGAACAACAACAGUGCUCUGGGCUCCUCCCCCUCAGGCCUUCCCACCCACCAGCCAAUCACCGCUAACGGACAAUCAGAAGCCCCACAGAACCCUGCCCAAGAUUCCAACUCCGCCCCUGACGAAGACUCCACACCUGACGGAGACGCUGAUCACAUGACUGAUCACAUGACGGCGGACUUUGCUGAAGGGGAGGAGCUUGUUGAGACCAUCAGUAAAGAGGAGGUGGCUGAGAGACUGGAGGAGACUGAGAAGAUCAUUGCUGAGCUGAACGAGACAUGGGAGGAGAAACUGAGGAAGACUGAAUCUAUACGACAUGAGAGAGAGUCUCUGCUGGCUGAGAUGGGAGUGUCCAUUAAAGAAGAUGGAGGAACAUUAGGGGUGUUCUCUCCUAAAGGGACUCCCCACCUGGUGAAUCUGAACGAGGAUCCUCUGAUGUCAGAAUGUCUGCUGUACUACAUCAAGGAGGGAGUCACCAGGGUUGGUCAACAGGAUGUGGACAUCAGACUCUCUGGUCAGUUCAUCAAGGAACAACACUGUGUGUUCUACAGUCACACCAACCACCAAGGAGAGGUCAUAGUAACCCUGGAACCUCUGGAGGGGGCGGAGACUUAUGUCAACGGGAAACAGAUCACAGAAGCGCUGGUGCUAAAACAAGGUAACCGUAUAGUGAUGGGGAAGAACCAUGUGUUCCGGUUCACCCACCCAGAACAGGCCCGUCUGGAGAGAGAACAGAGAGAGAGGAGCAGUACCAGUCCCAGCCACCAGGAGACCGAAUGCACUGCCAACACAGGCCUCCAGGGGGAGCCAGAGGACUGGACCUACGCUCAGCGAGAACUACUGGAGAAACAAGGGAUAGACAUCAAACUGGAGAUGGAGAAGAGGCUGCAGGACAUGGAGAUUCAGUACCGGAGGGAGAAGGAGGAGGCUGACCUGUUACUGGAACAACAGAGACUGUAUACAGACUCAGACAGUGGAGACGACUCUGAUAAGAGAUCCUGUGAAGAGAGCUGGAGACUGAUAUCUUCACUCAGAGAGAAACUACCUGCUAACAAGGUCCAGUCGAUAGUAAAGCGUUGUGGCCUGCCCAGUAGUGGUAAACGUCGGGAGCCACUCAGGGUCUAUCAGAUCCCUCAGCGUCGACGAAUCAGCAAAGACCCCAAAAGGGUUACCAUCAGAGACCUGAGGAUGCAGGCGGUCAAAGAGAUCUGCUACGAGGUUGCCUUGGGGGAUUUCCGUCACUCUCGUCAGGAGAUUGAGGCUCUGUCCAUUGUGAAGAUGAAGGAGCUAACCAGGAUGUAUUCUAAGAAAGACAACACAGAGGCAGACAGCUGGAGGGCUGUGGCUCAGGAUGUCUGGGACACCGUGGGGAUAGGGGAGGACAGGAGGGAGGAGGUGGAGGAGGGAGGAGGAGGGGCAGGGCCUGGGGGUGUGUACGACCUGAAGGCUCAUAUUGAUAGGCUGACGGAUGUUCUACAGGAAGUAAAGAUUCAGAAUAAUAUGAAGGAUGAAGAGAUCAAAGCUCUGAGAGACAGGAUGGUCAAGAUGGAGAGCAUUAUACCUACUGGACAGGAGGAGGACAUGGAAAAUGACGAGGAGGAAGGGGACGGUUCCCAAUGUGAUGGCGACGGGGUCGAUGAUGACGGACAGCCCAAUCCACCCAAUGAGAAGAGAGUAGUUAAGCUGAUGACAGACGACCCAGCCUUUAGACGAGGGAGGAUGAGGUGGCUGAAACAGGAACAGACCCGACUACAGAACCUUCAACAACAGAAUAUUACUAAAAGACUCAGACAGAACACCCAGAACUCCCCAACCCCCAACACCCCUCUGGUCCCAGUGCACCCCCCCCCUGUGGUCCACCUCCCCGGGACCGGCCGCUUCAUCCCCCCACAGGACUGUAAACUCAAGUUCCCCUUCAAGAGCAACCCCCACCACCGUCUCUCAUGGAGCCCUGCCACUGCCCUGAUGAUGCUGGGGGAGGGGGGGGUAGAUGGAGAGUGGGAGGAGCGGGCAGAGGGAGGUGGUGGAAAAGCAACUCCCUCUCCUCCUCCUCCUCCUGCUGCUCUCCUCCCCCUCCCCUUCCAGAUGGUCCCUAGAGGCCACACCCCUUCCCCACAGCGCACCUGGCAACAACCACAACAGCACCGUGGCAACAGUAACCAUGGGAACCCACACUUCCCAGUUCCAGGGCAACAGCAGGGGCCGCCUCCGUGGCGAUAUAGGCGGAACUCCCUGGACAGCUCCACGCAGGGCAACAACAACAAUCACCAGGGAAACAACUACCCCGGCAACCCCAACAACAACGGAGGUGGUCACCAGGGGCGACCGCGUUAUCGUGGAGGAGGGGGGAUGGAGGGAAGAGGAAGGGAGAGGGAUCAGAGAGGAGGAGGAGGAGGGAGGUUUCAGCAGGGGGGAGACAGAGGAGGGUACCAUCACCCCUACUACAUCCCUCCUCACCAACACCUCUACCACAGCAGCAGUAACCACCACCCUCCACCAGGGGGCCACAUAUCCCCCCAGGGAAGAGGAGGAGGUGCAGGGUGGUUUCAGGAGGGGUACAGCACCCCCCCUCGCAUGAAGAGGCAGUUUAGUGCCCCCGAUCUGAAGAGCAAGGAGACCCCUGUGUGACCUCUCACCCCUGACCCCACACACAGACAACCUUCCUAUAAGGACACUGCAUAUCCAGCUGACGGGCUGUCAUAACACUACAUACUGCUGUUAUAACUGAUGCUACUACACUACAUGGUGUAUCAUGUAGCUAUAUGGACUGGGGCAUGUGUGUGUGUGUUCUUCUGUCUCUGCCAUAUUGUGUAAUUGAAUACAGAACAGAGUGUGUGUGUCAACGCUUUGCUUAGCACACAACAAUGAGUCUGCACACUCUGUGUCCCUCACACACACAACACUACAUAACGCCAGUGUGUGUGUGUGUGUGUGUGUGUGUGUGUGUUCCUGCUGUAGGGUUUAGCGUUCUCAUAUACAACAGGUCUUUUUAAAUAUUAGUUCUGAGGGUCUUUCUGAAGGUCAGCAGUUCUGUUUUUUAGUUGUUGAUACGUUUUCAUGCACCAGCAGGGCAUUAUGGGAGGUGCCUUCGGCGGCCCACACGACCGCGUUCCCGUCCAAAUGACAUAUGGAUCCUUUAUUUCACCUGGACGCGCGUCAACACAAAGACCCAUCAAUCUCAGAUAAAGCAUCCGAGUGACAGAAAUAGCACCCCUCUGUCUGUCCCCUCUGUCUAUCUCCUCUGUCCCCUCUGUCUGUUCCCUCUGUCCCCUCUGUCUGUUUCCUCUGUCCCCUCUGUCUGUUUCCUCUGUCCCCUCUGUCUGUUUCCUCUGUCUGUUUCCUCUGUCCCCUCUGUCUGUCCCCUCUGUCUGUUUCCUCUGUCCCCUCUGUCUGUUUCCUCUGUCCCCUCUGUCUGUCCCCUCUGUCUGUCUCCUCUGUCCCCUCUGUCUGUUUCCUCUGUCCCCUCUGUCUGUUUCCUCUGUCCCCUCUGUCUGUUUCCUCUGUCCCCUCUGUCUGUUUCCUCUGCCUGUUUCCUCUGUCUGUUUCCCCUGUCUGUUUCCUCUGUCUGUCCCCUCUGUCUGUUUCCUCUGUCCCCUCUGUCUGUUUCCUCUGUCCCCUCUGUCUGUCCUCUCUGUCUGUCUCCUCUGUCCCCUCUGUCUAUUUCCUCUGUCCCCUCUGUCUGUUUCCUCUGUCUGUUUCCUCUGUCCCCUCUGUCUGUCUCCUCUGUCCCCUCUGUCUGUCUGUCCCCUCUGUCUGUUUCCUCUGUCCCCUCUGUCUGUUUCCUCUGUCUGUCUCCUCUGUCCCCUCUGUCUGUUUCCUCUGUCUGUCUCCUCUGUCUGUCCCCUCUGUCUGUCCCUCUGUCUGUUUCCUCUGUCUGUCCCCUCUGUCUGUCUCCUCUGUCUGAUCUGUGUCCUCUGUGAUACUAUUUCUGGCCAGACAGCAUCAGAGACAUAUAGUAACAUUGAGGGGUGCUGAUUGGCUCGAAUGCUUUCUCCAGUGAGAUAGUUCCAGUGGAGAGGAAGUCUCUCCAGAAUAAGCCCAAUGCGUUUCUAUGGGCAUAAUAUGCAGACCUAAGCAUGUCGCCUGUCUACCUGCCAUUAGGACAAUGACUCCCGUUGUUAGGUCGGAGACAUGAGCAUCUAGUCAUUAUAUACAGAUCUCUGGUUUCAGCCUCUUGGGAAUUGGACAGUUGGCAGGUGCACAGGUCUCUGUUAGGAUACUUCCCUUAAAGAAAAUAUAUGUUUUGCCAAAAUUAUAUAAUUACUCCUGUUGUCCAUUUUUUCAUUGUCUUUUGUUUGGUGCACUAAAUGUGAGCAAUGAGCAUGUGUCUGGUCUCUCUGCCAUGAUAACGUUGAGGGAGAGCAUGUGUCUGGUUUCUCUUCCCUGAUAGUGUUGGGGGAGAGCAUGUGUCUGGUUUCUCUUCCCUGAUUGUGCUGGGGGAGAGCAUGUGUCUGGUUUCUCUGCCCUGCUAGUGUUGAGGGAGAGCAUGUGUCUGGUUUCUCUGCCCUGGUAAUGUUGGGGGAGAGCAUGUGUCUGGUUUCUCUGCCCUGCUAGUGUUGAGCAUGUGUCUGGUUUCUCUGCCCUGAUACUGUUGAGGGAGUGUGCGCACCUGAGCAUGCCUAGCAGUAGGCCUACCUGGCCUGCUGUGGGCAUAUGUAGAAAAGCUCAUUUGGGAUGUCUGAUUGUCUUAGCCACAACUAAUCAGCUGAGCCUCUCAGUCAUUUUUUCCUCACACAGUAAGAUAAUGAAGUCUGACAGUUUUUUUUUUACAUCCAUUGUGAAUGAUAAUAGUUCCUCGCGGUUUUUGAAAAAAGCCACUCCUGGCCUAUGAGAAUCACCCAGCCUCCGGGGUGAAAAAAGCCACUCCUGGCCUAUGAGAAUCACCCAGCCUCCGGGGUGAAAAAAGCUAAAUAUCAUGAUCUGAUGAUCGCAUAUAUCCAGUGGAAACACUGCUUUCUGUCCCGACCUCACUGGGCCGGAAUAGUUGAUACAAUGUUGCAGGUUCGCUUGCCUCUGGGCCGGAAUAGUUGAUACAAUGUUGCAGGUUCACUUGCAUUUGGGCCGGAAUAGUUGAUACAAUGUUGCAGGUUCACUUGCCUUUGGGCCAGAAUAGUUGAUACAAUGUUGCAGGUUCGCUUGCCUCUGGGCCGGAAUAGUUGAUACAAUGUUGCAGGUUCGCUUGCCUUUGGGCCGGAAUAGUUGAUACAAUGUUGCAGGUUCGCUUGCCUCUGGGCCGGAAUAGUUGAUACAAUGUUGCAGGUUCGCUUGCCUUUGGGCCGGACUCAGUUGAUGAUCAAGUCAAGAACAAUGGAAAGGGAGGCAGACAGCAGAGUAGAGAGAUGAAUGCGAUUGAAAAUGAAAGAAUAAAUAUUUUAUCGGGAUAUUUUUUGACUGUUUUUAUUUGUUGGCUUUAGGAAUAUGUAUUUUACUGAGUAGAUGACGGGCGUUUUAGGUCUACUGCUACUUUGACCUAUAGACUAUCUCUGAGUUAUAGACCUACUGCUACAUUGGUCUAUAGACUAUCUCUGAGUUAUAGACCUACUGCUACUUUGACCUAUAGACUAUCUCUGAGUUAUAGACCUACUGCUACUUUGACCUAUAGACUAUCUCUGAGUUCUAGGCCUACUGCUACAUUGACCUUUUGACUAGUUCUAGGCCUACUGCUACAUUGACCUUUUGACUAGUUCUAGACCUACUGCUACAUUGACCUUUUGACUAGUUCUAGGCCUACUGCUACAUUGACCUUUUGACUAGUUCUAGGCUCUCGCAUUGGUUUCAUUUUUAACCCUUAGAUUUGUAUGAUUAACCAUGUGACAAUGAUUUUGAGAAGUGAAAAUGUUAUUUUUAAAAUUAAACUGUUCCACGAAAAAAAAAAUGAACAUAUGCAAAUCAAUUGUUAAUCUUCCCCCAAACUUAAAACUCCUGUGGUCUUUAUAUAACAGUCAUUAUAAAAACAUGGCCGCCGGUCAAAAGCCCA